AUGGACAGCCAAUUCAAACCUGAUCCUCGGUCAGAACUUGCCUCUUUAUUAAAUGUAAAGGCAGGAAACAACAUUACGACAAAAUACCUUGGUCAACAACCCAAACAUUUCACAGAGGGCUAUCAGGGAACGCAAUUUCUCAUUACUAAGCAGAUGAUGGACAUUUGGGAAAAUCUUGAUACUAAGGUGUAUGCCAAUGGUUGGUUUAUGCUUUAUGUAGCCGAUGCCUCUGAUCUAAACACUAGCGAUGCG